AUGUCGCGCGGGAAAAAGUUCGUGGCGCUCGCCCUCGCCCUGGGUGGACUUUGGGCCUGGGCGCUGUUCCGCCUUGUCAGCCGGCACUCGUUGGACGCAUCGCAAGUUAAAGAUCAAGUCUCGUCGGUACAGCACCUUCCGUGGCACGACCCGGUUUUCAUCGCCGUUUUCGCGGCACCUUUUCUCGCCCUCGCGCUAUUCGGUAUCUACGCUGUGGUGACGAUCGUUACGCAAGUGAUCCGCUUCGAGGACAAAAAGGAGGCUGCUGCUGAACUUGCCCAGGACUUGAUCACGGCGCGAGCGGACCUUCAGCGGCGGGGCUACCAGUUCGUGAACUGA